UUUAGCCCAGAUUUUGACUACAUUUAGACUAGGUUUAGACCAGGUGUAGAUCAGGAUUUGGGCUCAAUUUUCAGGUUUAAGGAAAGAAUCUGGAGAAACUGGAAAAACAGGAGGAUUCCUCAGGCUUCAUUUGGUUUCUGAAGCAUCUGUGAUUCAUUUAAACUUCUACUACAAUGUCGAGACUUUUGGAGGAGAUGGAGAUGGAGCUCAGAUGUUCUGAGGUUCCUCAUGUGGAUCUGGAAAUAAAUGAAGAGGAACCCAAAUCUGGGAUUUUAGAACUUCUACAGAUCCUCAGACCAGACUGGAGUCCAGAGCAAGUCCACAUGAAGUCUUUUACAGAGGGGAUCACAAACCGUCUGAUUGGUUGUUUUGUGAGACCAGUCCAGAGUACAGACAAGAGACUGGACCAAAGACCAGACCAGAAACCAGUCCACAGACCAGACCCGGACUCGGACUGUGUCUUGGUCCGAAUCUUUGGCAGGCACACAGACCUGUUUGUGGACCGGUCCAGGGAGGUCCAGAUGGUCCGAGUCCUGCAGUCCAGAGGCUGUGGUCCAAAGAUCUACUGCAGCUACAGGAACGGUAUCAGCUAUGAGUACCUACACGGGGAGCCACUGAGCGACCGCCUGCUCACGCAGCCCCAGAUAUACAGAUUAGUUGCAGCAGAGAUGGCGAAGCUUCACUCAGUUCAGUUGAAGAACUUUGAGUCCGAGGAGCCGGUUCUGUGGAAGAAGAUGGAGCACUUCCUGAAUCUCAUUCAAACAGGCCAAUCAGAGGAGAGUCACAACAACCACAGCCAAUCAGAGAGCAGGUUCUGGUCUGGUCCGGUCCCGGGUCUUGAGGUCUUGAGGUCUGAGAUGGUUUUGUUAAAGUCCAGUUUGAGUCAGCUCCAGUCUCCAGUGGUCCUAUGUCACAAUGACCUGCUCACCAAGAAUAUCAUCUACAACAAAGAGAAAGGAACAGUGAAGUUUAUAGAUUUUGAGUAUGCAGACUUUAACUAUCAGGCCUUCGACAUCGGAAACCAUUUCAACGAGUUUGCAGGAGUGAGUGACCUGGACUACAGCCGGUAUCCAAGUCCCGGACUACAAAAGGACUGGAUCAGGGCCUACCUCAAAAACUACAACCAGGAAACAGGAAGAGAGGUCACUGAGCAGGAAGUGACACGCCUCUACAUCCACGUCUGCAAGUUCUCAUUGGCCUCAAACUUGUUCUGGGGCAUGUGGGCGGUUCUUCAGUCCCGGUUCUCAUCCAUAGACUUCGACUUCAGAAGUUAUGCUGCAGCAAGACUGAAUUUCUACUUUGAGAAGAGAGACCAGUAUUUGGACCUAGACCCGGACCUGGACCAAGACUCAAAUCUUUGUGAAUAA